GAUUUUCUUCAACUACAACCUUACGUAUAUCUAUCCACUGAUCUCCAAAAUGUUGAAGCCACAUGUUUAUCAUCUCAGCACCAGCAAAACCCUGUUAUUGCCGUUGCACAAGCCGUUCUUACACGGCACUGCCUUUGGUUUUCUUCCUUUGAACUACUACAAGCCUUCUUCUUCUUCUUCUUCUUCGUUGAGCAAGACAGACAAAGGUUUUAAAGCAAGAUUUGUUCCAAACAAUACCAAAGCGACACCAGACAGUACCACCACUCUUACCGAUGAUGUCGGUUCUGUUUCCGCUGUGAAAGCAUUCGUCACAGUUAAACAAACUGUUUCUGGUCUCAUCACCAACUUAGGGUUCCAAAGAGGGCUAGAUGAUAUCCAGGACUUGCUCGGUAAAUCACUUCUCUUAGAGCUUGUUAGCGCCGACCUUGACCCCGAAACGGGGCAAGAGAAGGAGACGAUCAAAGCUUAUGCACAUCGAGUGAAACAAAAGGGUGACGAUGUGACAUACGAGGCGGAUCUCAAAGUAGGCCAAGAGUUCGGGGAAAUAGGUGCGGUGGUGGUGGAGAACGAGCAUCACAAAGAGAUGUUCUUGACCGAGAUCGUGCUUCGAGGCUUCCAAGACUCCGAUCCUAUUACCGUCACCUGUAAUUCUUGGGUUCACUCCAAGUUUGACAAUCCUCAAAAGCGGGUCUUCUUCAAUCACAAGUCGUACCUGCCGUCACAAACACCAAGCGGAUUGAGGAGACUGAGGAAUGAAGAGCUGGAGGCAUUGAGAGGGAAUGGUGAGGGAAAGCGCAAGCCAUUUGAGAGGAUAUAUGACUACGAUGUUUACAAUGAUCUCGGCGAUCCUGAUUCCAAUCUCAAAAAAGAAAGACCUGUGCUCGGCGGCAAUGAAGAUUUCCCUUACCCUAGACGGUGCCGGACUGGUCGCCCACGCUGCAAAACAGCUUCUGAGUCGGAGACGAGGAGCAACAUAUUUUACGUGCCAAGAGAUGAGUGCUUCUCGGAGGUGAAGCAACUGACGUUCUCGGCAAAGACGUUGUACUCGGUGUUUCACGCAGUGAUACCGUCGCUGCAUACGGCUAUUGUAGACAAGGAUCUUGGGUUCCCAUACUUCACAGCCAUCGACAAGCUUUUCAAUGAGGGGAUUCACUUGCCUCCCCAGAAAGGACAAAGUUUGUGGAGAUCAGUUCUCCCCAGACUUCUCAAAUCCAUUUCUGAUACGAAUGCUUUGCGCUUUGAAACGCCUGCCACUAUGGAUCGUGACAAAUUUUUUUGGUUUAGGGAUGAGGAGUUUGCUCGACAAACCCUUGCGGGGAUCAACCCAUAUGCUCUUCAAUUGGUUACGGAAUGGCCAAUGAAGAGCAAACUUGAUCCCGAAAUCUACGGUGAUCCGAUAUCUGCAAUCACCAAAGAGCUGGUCGAGCGUCAAAUCAGAGGAUACUACACGUUGGAAGAGGCAUUGGAACAAAAGAAGUUGUUCGUCUUGGAUUACCAUGACUUGUUAAUACCAUAUGUGAAGAAAGUGAGAGAUCUUCCAGGGACAACAUUUUAUGGGUCGCGAACACUAUUUUUUUUAGAUCAUGAGGAGACCCUGAGGCCAUUGGCCAUCGAACUAACUCGACCGCCAAUGGACGGGAAGCCACAGUGGAGGGAUGUAUACAAGCCGGCUUGGCAUUCUUCAGGUGUCUGGCUCUGGCGGCUUGCAAAAGCUCAUGUGCUUGCUCACGAUUCGGGCUAUCACCAGCUUAUUAGUCACUGGUUAAGAACCCAUUGUUGUACGGAACCUUAUAUAAUUGCCACUAACCGACAACUCAGUGAAAUGCAUCCGAUCUACAGAUUGCUCCAUCCCCAUUUCCGUUACACAAUGGAAAUCAACGCACUAGCUCGUGAGUAUCUCAUCAGUGCUGAUGGGAUCAUUGAGACCUCUUUCAGCCCUGGCAAGUACUGUAUGGAGCUUAGUUCUGUUGCUUAUGACCUUCUAUGGCGAUUCGAUCAUCAAGCAUUACCCGCCGACUUGAUUAGCAGGGGGAUGGCUGUUGAAGAUCCUACUGCUCCUCAUGGCCUAAGGUUAACGAUCAAGGAUUACCCUUUAGCCAACGAUGGACUCCUUCUCUGGGAUAUUCUCAAACAAUGGGUUUCUGAUUACGUGAACCAUUACUAUCCCAAAGCGAGUCUAGUGGAGUCAGAUGAAGAGCUUCAAGCAUGGUGGACCGAAAUUCGUACGGUCGGACACGGUGACAAGAAAGAUGAACCAUGGUGGCCUGUCCUUAAAACACCACAAGACUUGAUCCAGAUCAUUACGACCAUCACUUGGGUAACCUCGGGUCAUCAUGCAUCUGUCAACUUCGGACAAUAUACAUACGCCGGUUACUUCCCCAGUAGGCCAACGAUUGCUAGAAGGAAUAUGCCAACCGAAGAGGCAACUGGAAAAGACUGGGAAUUCUUCAAGAAGAAACCUGAAGUUUUGCUUCUAAAGUGCUUCCCUUCACAAAUUCAAGCUACUACAGUGAUGGCUAUUUUGGAUGUGUUAUCGAAUCAUUCUCCGGAUGAGGAGUACUUGGGAGAAAAGUCGGAGUCGGCUUGGGCCGAUGAUCCCUUGAUUAAAUCGGCAUUUGAAAAGUUCAAAGGGAGGUUAAUAGAGCUUGAAGGGAUUAUUGAUGAAAGGAAUGCAAACGAGGAUUUGAAGAACAGGAAUGGUGCUGGGAUUGUGCCAUAUGAGUUUUUGAAGCCCUUCUCUGAGCCUGGAGUCACUGGGAUGGGAGUGCCAUAUAGCAUUUCCAUCUGA